AUGCAAGCACGUCAGCAUAUACACGACGGGAUCCUUAACAAUGCUUGUGGGCGUUGGUCACGUGCCUGCAUUGUGCAACAAUUAUUUUAUGUAUGAAGUGCUUGUGUCAACAGGUUGGUUCUCCAUUCGUUGUUCGACCUUGGCGGUGAAACAUACCACAGUCGAUUAUACGAAAAUCACUUGACAGGUAAGUCCAAAUUUUUCAUAGCAUUUUACAAAAAAUAAGUAUACGUGGGGGGUGUUUACUUAUACAGAACAUGCGUAUACCUUUACAAGCUCGCAUUUCAAGUGUUUGAUUAUAAAGUGUUCCACUUUGCAACAUCAAGCGAUAUUAAAUUUUCUGGUGUUGUUUAGACUAUAAUAUUGCUAAAUAAAUGCCAUUGUCUGACUGUGUACUUGCGCAAAUGUUCGAUGUUUCCUCUGUUGUUGUAUCCAACCGCUAUCGCAGGUUUUGGAAAAAUGUUUAGCGAUAUCUAGCUUCCAUAUGGCGAUAUGCGCGACAAGUCCAAGUUUAGAGAAAGGCCGAAUUGGCAAAUUUUAAUUAUAUCAUCAUGGUAAUCGUUCGAAUUUAAUGUAAAUUCGGAGCCAUAUGGUGGUUAAAUUGGUCAAUUUAGCUCACGAUGAAACACAUACAGGUUCAGCUAGAGUCCGGAGAUUAUUAUAACCGAUACAAGUCCCAACAGGUUCCUAUAGCAUAUCUGUAUAUAUAUAUAUAUAUAUAUAUAUAUAUAUAUAUAUAUAUAUAUAUAUAUAUAUAUAUAUAUAUAUAUAUAUAUAUAUAUAUAUAUAUAUAUAUAUAUAUUCAGUCAGGCUACUAAACCUCUUCAAAUGGUUGCGUUGGUUCUGUCGACAGUUUUAUAACUAAGCUCGUUUUGUACGCUAUAUCACUAUAUGUAUAUUGACGAGUGCCCCGAUACGGAUUAAUUUAUUUCAAGGACAAGAACGCACGCAUCGACUACUCCCACUCCUAACUUUGUCUAAACAUUAAGAUACCGUCAGGGAAAAUAAAGGAAAUGUGCGAUUAAUUCGUGAAAUACGUCAUACUAGCGAGUUUUUCCAGCAGCUCGCAUUUUAACUGAGCAUUUCCGAGAACUAUAUAGUGCUGUGAUUUUUAAUUUUCACAAACCCAUGCAACUGCGCAAGCACGCAAACCAGUGAUGAAGCCAGACACAACAACGCGGCCACGUUUCGAAACAAUACCUUUGAUAUUGAACGCGGAUUCUAUUUACAGAAGUGUGAUAACGUAUGUAUGAUCUAAAUGACUAUUAAAAUGUGCAGCAAGACUUUAGGUGUUUGACUUGUUUCGAUCUAAGUUAUUCCAGGUACUAACUCCUUUGUCAGAAAGGGUGUGCUUUGCAUUAUUUGUUCUUGUAAGACUUGUGAAAUUGAGAUGCAGUUCUUGUGUUGUAAUCCAAUUAAUGGUGAAUUUCGUCAUUAAUUUCGUCAACUUGGGUAACCUUUCAAAAUGAAACCAUAAUUAGGUGCUGCGAAUUCUGAACGCUCAAUUGUCUCAAUUUGUCAUCUCAACCGUGUCAGGAAAUAAAAACAACGAUCACAUAUUCAGCAAAGCUAAAGUACAUUUAUAUGUUUUUUUACUUCAAUCUUGCUGUUGACACUGUAAACUAUCGUACUUAAAGUUUAAUUUUAAGGUUUCGAAUUUCGAUUUCCAAUUCGAAAGAAAAUAUUAUGAAUAUUAUGCAAAAAAAUAUACGUAACCGAUAAGAGUUUAUUGAUAUUAUGUGAUUUGUACAUGUGCUUGAAUUGGAUUAAUUACGAUUAUUCAGGAAGUCCACAAGUUGUGCAACAUGUGCAAAAUCAGUUUUACUUUUGUUUGCCCAUGAAAUAGCCUGCUCGCAGCCCGAAUUCAGGCUGCACGCAGCUAGGCGCUAUUUAUAAAACUGUUGGCAUAAAUUUCUUUCAAGCAUGACGCAUAUCUAUUUUUAUUAAUUCUUGUUGCACAAUCAUUAAUACCAAAUUACAGGAAAUAGAAAAGCAAAGUUUUAUAUAUUUUCAAACGGAUGUAUAAUGGUACAAUUAACGUUUGUUUAUAUUCAGUCUGUUUUCGUUACGCGGCUAAUCUUAUCCAGAAUAUAAAUUUCUCACGAAUUGCUGAUAGCAAGCAGGGGGCGUAUUGUGUUUUAGAUGUUCAUUGACCUGUGAUGUCUUGUGACUGAUUUAGAAUGCUGUUUGAAUAAGGGCAAUCGCAUUAGAUUGAGGAAAUUGCAUGAGGAAAGUGCGUGACUCAUGUAUGAUUUACAAUCUUUGUCAAAUGUGACAGGCUACUAGGCUAGACGCACAGAGCUCUAUUACGGGUAACCAUCAUAGAAGAUAUCUAUGGUAACCAUAAACUAACAAGUACAAAAGAUAUUGUUUACGAAUUUAUACUGACAACGCAAUGAGGUUACGCGUUCUGAGGUUACAAUCCGCAAUCUAAACCCUAUAUUAAAUUACUUUCAGACGUAGCAGCACUCCAGACAUAACCUUUUUAUGCAUGCCAUUUCAAAAGUUGACCUUUUCAACAUGAAUUUUGAAUUUUAUCGGAUAUUAAAAUACCAGAAACGCUUGCUAGCACGACUGGAGGGCAACUGUCGAGGAGAGAGAACCUCAAUGGGUGGUUUCAAGUUAGUCUUAGAUUCUUAGUACAUAUAAACAGGGAGGCAGCAAAGACGUUGUCUUUGGGGGAGGGGACUGUAGAGGUCAAAUCGUCUAAUUUUUAAAAUUACGCUUUACUUUACCUAAAAUCUGUGUUUGAACUAUAGUGUGGUUUUUUCAUGAGCACAGGGGGUUGGGUAAUGCUCCCCCGAGAACAUUUUUAAAUAUUUUGACCCUCAGAAAGCCCGAAUUUGCAACUAAAAUUUUGCUUUAAUUUAAUUAAUUUGUUACGUAGACAAAAUACAAUACAAAUGAGACAGACUACGUAUAACGAAUGACAAAACAAAUGUGUGACAGGAAACAGUCACAGGACAAAGUCCCACUGCCCCCCCCCCCCUACAGAAGAGAAAAGCAAUUAAAUUAAGAUACAAAGCUUGCGUUCACUUUUGACUUUAGAGCUUGGUUUCACUUUUACUUUCACGUUUCCGCGUCAAUAUAUGUUAUAAUUUAUGUGAAAAUCAGUUCAAGUCACCUCUAAAUUUACCACACACCCUCCCAGUGUUCCCAACGUGAAGUAACUAUAUUUAGGAAACCGCAGACUAAACGAAUUGCAGCAUUCAGUGCAUGGUAGCCAUGCCUGGUAUAGAGUAUGCAUAAUACGAAUCAACAUUGUCACUGUUUUAUGCGAAAUGGCAAAACAAUUAAAGUUUAAUAGGUUUUCCUAUAGAUUCAUUAAUUGAAAAAUGCAUGUCAUUAAGGAUUCUAUAGGACUAAUUAUAAGUCUCAAUUUAAUGUAAAAUCGAACCUUCGUGGCAUCAACGUUUUGCACUACGUUUCAAAUUUGUGUCCUCUGUCCCAUUGCUGGUGUCCCAUUGCUGGUAAUGAUAGCCGCGAAAGCAUACCUAAUUUUAAUAAUUUCUUAUCACUGCCAAAUUUUGUGCACCUAACACUCUUAUAAUAAUGUGUAGCCACAAACUUUGUCUACCUAUUUCAUAUAACUACAAUUCAUAUUCAACAUACACUGCUCAGCACCCAGGGUUUCCCAGGGAAAUUUGGGGGCCCAGGGCAAAAUUUGACUUGGGCCCCCUCGUGAUUCCAUCUUGAAACACUAUGAUUAGGGGGUCCGGGAGUAUUCUCCUCGGGAAAAUUUUUAAAUCUGAGGUCCCAGAAAUGGCCAAAUCCUGCAUUCUGGAAGUCUAGUUGACAGUUAUCGGUAUAUAUAUAUAUAUAUAUAUAUAUAUAUAUAUAUAUAUAUAUAUAUAUAUAUAUAUAUAUAUAUAUAUAUAUAUAUAUAUAUAUAUAUAUAUAUAUAUCACUGUAAUUCUUUAUUUGCCCGCCCCCCUUAACUUGUGCCUUGUGUGUUCAUCUGAUGAACCUUAAGUAUAAUAUUAGUGUGGACGUUCGAUAAUUUGGCAGUUGUCAUUUCAAUUUCAUUCAAAUUAUUCUCAUUCAAAAUGUUUUGAUUAAUACUAUCAAGUGUCAAGACUAAUUUUUAGUUCAGUUUUUCUGUUCAUUGCCUCAUUUUCCUGUUUAAAAUUGACAACUUAUCACAGCAAAUUUUAUCACUGCACAUUUUACAUUUUACCACUGCACAUUUUACUUUUAUCACUGCACAAAUUGGUUGUCACUGCACACUAAAAUUAGAUAUGCGCGAAAGACAUGAAAUGCACCUUAUUUCCAAACUUUAGGAGUCAGGUAUUAUUAAUUGGGACGAAAGUCCUGUUCCUCAUCGCAGUCGCGUACGUUGUCUUGGAACAUGUUAUUUAUAUCAACAUGAGUAUCAUUGUCGAUGUCGGUGUCGAUGUCGGUGUCGGUGUCGGUGUCGGUGCAUGUCAGUGUCAGUAAUUGUUUUAUAAAAUAGCUACAGUUUAACAAUGGUCAAGUUACAGUAAUUCACUCUCUGUAGUUAUUGUAAACAUUUGUUCACUGUUUUGGUGAAAUUGCCGCUCGGUUAAUACUGUUAUUGUUUAUUUCACGCAUUGAAAUGUUUUCGUUCUCCGACAUUUUGAAAACCCCGCGGAAGGCAUUUAAAUUUUCCUUGCAGGAUUGUCUCAUCCUGCACGGGUUUUGACCAAUCAGAUUGCGUGUUUCACUGCAAUUAUUAUAUGAUACGCAACACUUUAUAGGGAAAGAUAGGAGUAACAUGGAUCAUUUUGUGCAAUUUGCCGUUGUUUUCCACCCAGUUAUCUGCGGAGGAUUUUAUGUGUGAUUUUUAAUGUGAUAAUCUUAAUUGUAUAAAAAAAUCUUAAAAAUCACGCUGUUUAGCAAUGAAGAUGCUUUGGCUUUUGGUCUCCAUCCUGGUGCUUCAUCAAGCGGUGGCAAUGGAAAGAACUAAAGAACCAGUCAAAACAAUGAGUGAGCUCAUUCGACCGGUAUUUGGCGAUAAGGUCAGUCAGCUUGAUAAAAUUAGCAUCACGGACAAAAUUGAAUAUUUAUUGAGUCUGGAGGUUGUUCUGUACAACAAUUAUAUAAUAUUUGUACAG